UGCUUGGAUGGGAUUGACUACGACGACUUCAAUUUCGGCUCCCACAUGAUGGAGCAGAAGGAGCCCCUGAUGGAGACAGUGGAAGGUCCCUACCUUGUCAUCAUCGAGCAGCCAAAGCAGCGGGGGUUCCGGUUUAGGUAUGGCUGCGAGGGCCCUUCGCACGGCGGGCUGCCGGGAGCAUCCAGCGAGAAAGGGCGUAAGACCUAUCCCACCGUCAAGAUCUGCAACUACACGGGGAUGGCCCGCAUCGAGGUGGACCUGGUGACGCACAGCGACCCUCCCCGCGUGCACGCCCACAGCCUGGUGGGCAAGCAGUGCAACGAGGCUGGCAACUGCAUUGCGAUCGUGGGACCCAAGGACAUGACGGCUCAGUUCAGCAACCUGGGUGUGCUCCAUGUCACCAAGAAGAAUAUGAUGGAGAUCAUGAAGGGAAAGCUGAAGCAGCAGAAGAUACGCAACAGGAGCCAUCCGCUGACGGAAGCGGAGCUGCGUGAGAUCGAGCUGGAGGCGAAGGAGCUGAAGAAGGUGAUGGACCUGAGCAUCGUGCGGUUGCGCUUCACUGCCUACCUCCGUGACAGCAGCGGGAACUUCACGCUGGCCCUCCAGCCCGUCAUCUCAGACCCCAUCCAUGACAGCAAGUCCCCAGGAGCUUCCAACCUGAAGAUCUCGCGGAUGGAUAAGACGGCAGGCUCC